AUGAAAAGAAGUGGACAUAGUACUCCUUCAGGAUCUAAUUCAAUUACUAGCAAUAAUAUCACGAGUUAAGGAGACUUAUAAGAAGAUGAUGAAAAAUUAAAUAAUGAGGAUGAAUUAGUCAAUAUCUUUGUAGUCAUACAAAACCAAGUCAAACUCAUCUUUUAUAAUAAAAGUAAGGAUAUUGAUUUAAAUGGGAAAUACACUAAAAAUGGUAAUGUCAAAUCAAAAGGAAAUGAAAGCUCUUAUUUUUAUUCCAAAUUAAGUGAUACUACUUUAAGCAUUUGGUAAGACAUGGGAUUGUAUGUUAUGAUUUCAUCAAUUUCUAUUGGCUAUUUAAUAUUUUCUAUAAUUAUUAUUCAAACUUAAAUCAAUACAUUUACUCCUUUUAUAGACUAUUUCGAUUAAACUGUUAGCACAAGUGUAUAUACUACAAGCUUAAUUUCAAAAUUAUCGAUCACUACUUAAAGAUAUUUAAAUAUGUAAUCUACCAGUAUCCCCACACAAUUUACUUUAUUGAAUUUCUAUUACGAUUAAUAGAUUUCUUACUUUCUCCUAACAAUCUCUUCUGACACUAGCAAAAUCAAAUCAUACAUUAGUGAUAUGUCAAAGUUUUUAGAGUAAUUGAAUUUAGAUUAUGGAUAUGAUUCGAAUUCCUCAAAAAUUAUUGUCACUUCUGAGUAAUAUCAAUCGAGGUUGCCCUAAAUACAACAAUUAAGUGUGUUGAGUGAAAUAAAUCAUUUGCUAAAGGAUAACUUAUGUUAUUAUACUUAAGACACUCUAUAUUAACAAUAGUAAUAAUUUGAUUACUUUAAUACUGGUUUGAAGGGAACAUUGGAUAUCCUACAGAAGAUGUAGUUUAAUUAUCAAACAUUUUUGAGCUAGUAUUAUUAAAUUCAAUAUUAGGAAUAACAGAUUAAUACACUUUAAGUUAAUGCGUAUUAUAAUACUUAAGAAUACAAACUACUAGUAAUGUAUGGAUAAGAAUUGAUUUAUAAAAUAUUUGAUAGAUUACUAUUAUUAUUGGAAACAUUCUUGAAGGAUGAGAAAGAAUCAAAGAAUUAAUUAAUUUAGAACUUGUUUAUUGGCAUAGGAAUCCCUAUCAUGGUUUGA